AUGAAUGUCAUCAACGCCGUUAAGACCGUUGCGAAUGCCAUCCCUCCUAUCGUCAAUAACGUUGGCCAAGUGGUCCCGGAAGGCAUGCGUGACUACUAUGAGUGCCCUAUCAAGGGCUGCGUUAAUCCAGUCUGGGUCAUCAAGGGUGUGCCGCACGUCCCGUGCUACCGGCACUACCACUUGAAGUGA